AAGACGACCAUGCCCCAAACCCGGAAGAGGCUGGCUGGGACUACUGGGACAGACAAAAAAGGGCCAUCAAGGAAACGUAUCCAAACUGAGAACCCAGAUGGGGCAUCAGCUAAAAUGGAGAACCCCAGCCCUCAGAAGAUUUUAGCCUCUAAGAAUUAUGGAAAGAAUCCAGGCAGCCACUGGCUGAUGAAGUCAGAGCCAGAGAGCCGACUAGAGAAGGGUGUAGAUGUGAAGUUCGCCAUUGAGGAUCUCAAAGUACAGCCCAAUCAGACAGCAUGCUGGGAUGGUGUUCGCAACUACCAGGCCCGGAAUUUCCUUAGAGCCAUGAAGCUGGAGGAAGAGGUCUUCUUCUACCACAGCAACUGCAAAGAGCCAGGCAUUGCAGGACUUAUGAAGAUUGUGAAGGAAGCCUACCCGGAUCAUACACAGUUUGAGAAAAACAAUCCCCAUUACGACCCGUCCAGCACAAAGGACAACCCUAAGUGGUCUAUGGUGGAUGUACAGUUUGUUCGAAUGAUGAAACGUUUCAUUCCCUUGGCCGAGCUCAAAACCUACUACCAAGCUCAUAAGGCCACUGGCGGUCCCUUAAAAGACAUGGCUCUCUUCACUUGCCAGAGACUCUCAGUUCAGCCCCUGACCCAAGAAGAGUUUGAUUUCAUUUUGAGCCUGGAGGAAAAGGAACCAAGUUAA